AUGCCAGAAAUACUGAUCCCAAGAGAUGAUUCCCACUGCGCUGAAUCGUUGAUUGGGGGCAGAGAAGGAGCAUCCAGUGAGGAGAACGCCAAAAAGAACCAAGUCACGUCUGAUACCCUCCGCCGUGCCCCAUACAUCAUAAUAUUGGCCUUGCUAUAUGCGAUAAUUGCGCUCUUUUCUUGGGCGACUCUUUGUACACUAUCCCGGCGACCUAUUUGGGGGAAAAGUUAUAACAUUGACUUUCACUCCAUAGAUGGCUUGAAUGCGUAUUUCAAAAGCGACAAAAAGAAUUUCGACGAAGAUGAGCGUAUUUUCCGUGCUGCUCGGUUCUGUCAGUCGUUGGCUUCGGUGCUUACCAUCCCGUUGACUUCGAUGGUUUGCUCAUGCGCGAUGGUCGGCUUUCUCCAAAAACGGACCAAGCAGGGUUGGCGGAGCCUAACGCUCAGACAAUCCAUGACAUUGGCCGACAAAGGUUGGACCGACCCAGUGACUAUCACAAAGCUCGUUUCUGGGGGAUGGAAGCGAUAUGGCUCUAUCUUCCUCAUCUUCGCUCUGAUACUCAAUCUCAUUGGCGCCUCCAUCUCCCCACUCCAAGGGAUCUUCAUCACAAACAAAUCCGUCAAAGUCCCGAAUGGGAUGAGCUCCAUGGAUUUGGUUGACAUUUGGAAAUGGGUGGCAUAUUCUGCAGAAAAACGCGGGGUUGAUGUAUUUAGAUCCACGACACAGCUCAGAUCCAGACUUAUGUCAACCGGAACUUCUGAUCCUCAGUUUCGACUUUGGACAAGGGAUGCAGGGUGCAACAAUUCCAGCAACGGGAAUGAUAAGGCCUGCGCCAAGUAUGGACAGUCCACCUUUGCAAGCAUGUACAACACCACUGAAUCGUUUUGGGCGCAACCACCAGUCGGGUUCCAGACGGGACUUUGGAAGCAGGUUGCUCCCCGUAUCAACUUCACAACUCUACACGAGAAGAUAUCGCCGCAAGAUUUCCCAACAGACUGUCAAAAUAUACCCGAUGCACUUUACAUGCAUUACGCAAAUAUGACCGAGAUUGGCGGUUACCUCGUGGAUAUCUGCAUGCCAGGGAAUCAAACUAAGUCGCCAUGGAAGGCCACCCGUGAACGUCAGGACUUCGUCGAGGAGUUGUACGUCAAAGCAACUCUGGAUUGGGAUUUUGAACCCAUCGAUAAGCAGAGCCCUCCACCAUGGACUCCCGGCAAUUAUUCCUUCAAGAUUACACUCAAUACGACGGCAGGCUACUUCGAGCUUCCGAACUACCACAACAACCAGCGACCUGGACCACUUCUAGAUGACCCCGGAAAAUAUCUAGAGAAAGGCUGCGGCGCUCAAUGCGAGUAUCAAACAUUGAGAUCUUUAGAUUUUGAUCGAAAGCGAUCUCUUGAAGAGACCUCUAGUAAGGAAACAGAGAAAGCAGUCGGAGAUAUUGUGGACAAGCUAUCAAAUUUAGUGAGCAAGGGCCCCCUUCUAAGCAUCACUUUGGCCCUUUUCACCCAAGGAUCUUACCUCGAUAUACGACAUACCGUCCCCGGGGCAUAUCAAUCCUGGGCGCGAGAUGAAGUAGGCUGGGGCUGUGUUGACAUCCCUCCCUUGAUAAAGCUUCUCCAUGGAGAAGGUGACGAAACUAUCUCUGGGGACUUAGACCCUUGCGUCUCAGGCUUUCUUACCAGGAGUAUGGAGGCAGUGAAAACGGUGAUGAGCUAUAUUUAUCUUUUCACCGGCGAAGGGCGACACCUUGGGGCUGCCGCUGGUACCUCACCGUCGGCAAAGCGGAUACAAGAUGCAUUCAAUGCUGCCGCUUUCAUAGCGACCGAUUUGUGGAUACAAGAGGCUAUCACGGGCUGGCUGGGGCCAACCGAGGGAACAUUGAAUUGGGAUCUGGGCGUGGACCAGCAAGUGCCGGACAUAUCUAAUGCCGGUAUGAUACUGAUAUCGACCUUGCUCGGUGUAUAUCUCUUUUGUAUACUGGGACUUUCUCUGUACGUCGCAUGGACACCGCGAUGGACCAACCAGCUCGACUCGUUUGCAAUGAUGCGCAUUGGCUCUGCGGCGCCCGGACGCUUUCCACUGCGGUUGGCACAUAACCCGGACGAGGUGAGGGAUCUUGAUGAGCUGCCGGGAUGGAUUGGUGGGACUGCAGAGGUGGAACGGCACAACACUGGGCACGUGUACAACCUAGGUCUUGGUGGAGGGGAAUCUCUUAAGAUGAAGAGACGAUACCACUGCUAUGUAUGA